AUGGACUCGUCACAACACACCUCCGUCAUGGGCGACUCGUACAGCGAAAAGGAGGCCACCUCAGAGCCCACAGCCCAGUAUACCCACCCACUAUGGCGCCACUCGCUGCCAUUCGUCAAGCCCAAACACCCCCCGCCGCCCCCUCCAGCGACCCUGGACGAUGCGCCCGUCAUAACAGACAUCACGGCCAACUGGUUCGACUAUCUCUUUCUCAACUGGAUAAGUCCCCUGAUGGCUCUGGGCUCCGCUCGGCCCCUUGACGAUAGAGACCUGUGGAAGAUAGACGACGCGAGAAGCGCCAAGGCAUACUCUGCCAAACUCCUUGGAGCUUACAGACAGCGCACGCAGAAGGCGAACGAGAAGAAUGCUCGGAUGCUCGACUCGACGAUACCACUUCCAUUCACUCGCCGUAUACUCUAUUCUAUAUCACCAAAUGGACAACGGAAGGAGAAGGAGUACCGAGAAAAACAUGCCAACAAGGGGGCCUCGCUCUUCAUGUCCUUGGGCGACACUUUUGGGGUGUACUUUGCCAUUGCUGGGUCAUUAAAGCUGUUUGCCGAUGUCUGUGCAGCUGUAUCACCGCUGCUCGUUCGGCGGCUGAUCACUUUGGCUGGCGAGUACCAGGCUAGCAAACAAGCAGGACUGGGCGAGCCAUCAAAAGGAGACGGUGUUGGCGCGGCUAUCGGACUCUUGGUCUUGCUUCUUGCUUCUUCCUUCGCCUUGCACCACUACAUGUAUAUGAGCAUGUCUGUCGGUGUAUGGUCAAGAACCGCGAUCGUCACCUCCAUCUACCAGCAAGCACUGCAGUUUACGCAAAAGUCGCGAGGCCUGAUACCAAACGGAAAACUGGUCAAUCAUAUAUCGACAGAUACCAGUCGUAUCGACUUUGCUGCUGGAUUGUUCCACACGCUGUGGACGGCGCCUAUUCAGAUGGUCAUCAUCAUCAUCAUUCUGAUCAUUCAGAUCGGUUACUCUGCGCUUCCGGGUAUAGGCCUGCUAUUGAUCACGACUCCGUUCCAGGCAUAUCUGAUGAAAUUUCUGUUCACUUAUCGAGGCAAAGCUGCGGAAUGGACCGACAAGAGGGCAAAAAUACUGCAAGAAGCACUCGGCAGUAUGCGUAUCGUCAAGUACAUGGCCUGGGAAGCUCCCUUCCUCGACCGAAUCCACGGCUUCAGAAAGAUGGAGCUCAAAUACAUCCGACAACUCCUCACCCUCCGUGCCGGCAUCAUGGCAUUCGCCACCUCCCUCCCCGUCCUCGCCUCCAUCCUCUCCUUCGUCACCUACUCUCUCACCUCCCACUCCCUCGAAGCAGCCAAGAUCUUCACCGUUAUCACCCUCUUUCAACUCCUCCGUCUACCGCUCGCCAUCUGGCCUAUGGCGCUCAGUUCUGCGGCUGAUGCGCUGAAUGCGCUGUCGAGGUUGGAAGGGGUUUUUGGUGCGGAGUUGAUCACGGAGACGAGGCGUUUGGAUCCAAAGAUGGAGGAGGCGAUCAAGUUGGAGCAUGCGACUUUUACGUGGGAUGCGGCCCCUGAAGAGGAUGGAGGGAAGAAGAAGGGGUCUGGGAAGAAACAGGGAAAGGAGGCAAAGGUGGUUGAAAACGAGGAAAAGCCGCAGAAAGCCAUCUUCCAGCUUGCCGAUAUCACACUUGAUAUCCCCAAGGGGUCUGUGACGGCUAUUGUCGGGCCUAUUGGGUCGGGAAAGUCGAGUUUGUUGCAGGGUCUGAUGGGAGAAAUGAGGCGGACUACUGGUUCGGUGACGUUCUCUGGCUCUACCGCGCUCUGUGCACAGUCACCUUGGAUUCAGAACGCCACUGUUCGCGAAAAUAUUCUUUUCGGACAACCCUUUGACGAAGAGCGGUAUUGGGACACGAUCCAUGACGCCUCUCUGGAAGCUGAUCUCGAGCUCCUGGACGAUGGCGACAGCACCCAGAUCGGCGAGAAAGGUAUCAACCUCUCUGGUGGUCAGAAGCAACGUAUCAACAUUGCGCGCGCCAUCUAUUUUGAUGCCGAUAUAAUUGCCCUGGACGAUCCUCUCUCUGCGCUCGAUGCUGGUGUAGGCAAAGCAGUCUUCUUUGACGCCAUCCUCGGAGCGCUGGAGGGCAAGACGCGUAUCCUCGUCACGCACGCCCUCCAUUUCUUGCCCCAUGUCGGCAACAUUAUCACGAUGGAAGAUGGCAAGAUUGGAGAAGUUGGGACGUACCAAGAGCUCAAAGGUCGCCCGGAUGGAGCGUUUGCGAGGUUGAUCCGUGACUUUGGCGGGGAAGAUCAGGCGGAAGAGGAGAUGGAGGAAGAGGAGGAAGCCGUUGAGGCUGCGGGUGUCAAGCGCGUCUAUAACCGAAAGGACAUGGUCGCCAAAGGCAAGUCGCAUACCCUCAUGACGGUAGAAGAGAGGAACACCGGCAACCUCACCAAGGGCACCUUCUGGGGUUAUUUCAAAGCCGGCCAUGGCCUCAUCACUCUGCCCAUCGUGCUCUUUGCUGUCGUCCUUGCCCAAGCAAUUACCGUCAUCACCUCCUUCUGGCUGGUUUGGUGGGAAGAGCUCAAGUGGCCCGAGUCGAACGGGUUCUACAUGGGAAUCUAUGCUGGUCUCGGAUUCGGCACUGCGUUCUCAAUGUUCUUCCAAAUGUUUAGCAUUGCCAUGCUCAACUACUUUGCGUCUGUGCGGAUCCAUGCGAGCGCCAUUCGCAGAGUCAUGUACGCCCCGCAGUCCUUCUUCGACACUACUCCUCUGGGUCGUAUUCUAAAUCGCUUUGGAAAGGACAUGGAUACCGUCGACAAUACACUCCCCGAUGCUUUGCGAAUGGGUGUCGGAACAGGAGCGCAGAUUGUUGGUGCCUUUAUCCUUCUUGCCAUCAUCGAACCUUGGUUCUUGAUCGCUGUCGCUGUGGUGACCCUCCUCUACAUCCACUGCACCAUGUUUUACCGCCGCAGCUCCCGAGAGUUCAAGCGUAUCGACUCCAUCCUCCGAUCAUCCCUCUAUGCGCACUUUUCCGAAUCUCUCUCUGGCGUUGCUACCAUCCGCUCAUACGGCGAGACGGAGAGGUUUUGCCGGGACAACAUAUACGCCAUGGACACUGAAAACCGAGCAUACUUUUUGACUGUCGUCAACCAACGAUGGCUCGGUCUGCGCCUCGACCUCAUCGGCUCCUUCUUGGUAUUCGCGGUAGCGCUCAUCGUCGCCUGCUCCGACAUCUCCGCGUCUAACAGCGGUCUGGGACUGUCAACCAUCGUCACUGCCCAGUCUUCCUUCGCUUGGCUUGUCCGAAACAUUGCCGAAGUCGAGAACGACAUGGUCGGGGCGGAGCGUAUCUUGCACUAUGCCAACACUCUCGAGCAAGAACAGCCCCAUCAAAUCGAAGAAACCAGACCUCCAACCAGCUGGCCUUCGGAGGGCCGAAUCGAGUUCAAGGACGUGCGUAUGCGAUACCGUCCCGAGCUGCCUGAUGUCCUCAAAGGCUUGACGCUGAGCGUGGGCGCGUCGGAGAAGAUCGGUGUUGUCGGUAGGACAGGUGCGGGGAAGAGUUCGAUUAUGGUGGCGUUGUUCAGGAUGUCGGAGCUUUCGCAAGGGUCAAUCACUAUUGAUGGUGUCAAUCUGAGCAAGAUUGGACUCAACGACCUCCGUUCUGGCAUCUCUAUCAUCCCUCAGGAUCCUCUCUUGUUCAGCGGAACACUCCGCUCUAAUAUCGAUCCAUUUGAUACCAAGACAGACGCCGAGCUAUAUGACACUCUCCGCCGAGCGCAUCUGAUCACCCCUACCGACGGCAUCGCUCCAGACUCUAUUCGCUUCAGACUCGAUACGGCGAUCGAAGAAGAAGGCACUAAUCUGUCGGUGGGAGAGAGGUCGCUUGUCUCUUUGGCGCGAGCUCUGGUACGAGAUACGAAAGUGUUGGUGCUGGAUGAGGCUACCGCGAGUGUGGAUCUGGAGACGGAUGCCAAUAUUCAGGAGACUAUUAGGAGCGAGUUCAAGGAUAGGACGCUGCUCUGCAUUGCGCACAGGCUCAAGACUAUCUUGUCUUACGAUAGGAUCUUGGUGAUGAGUGAUGGGCAGGUUGCUGUGAGUUUUCGUGUGAUAUGA